UGUGUAUGCCCAUCCUGGCUUACGGGACAGCUAUGGGUUGGAUAUCUCCAAACAAAGCGCUCCUCAUGGGCGAAUCUUCACCCUCAGACGCACCUCUGUCUGAAGAGGAAGUGUCUUGGAUGGCGUCCGUUAUGUUCAUCACCGCGCCGAUAGCAGUUUUCCUCUACGGAGCAGCAGCGGACAAAUUUGGCAGAAAGAACACUUUGCUGUGUGCAUCAACGCCAAUCGCUUUGGGUUGGGCUAUCAAACUGCUGUGCGCGCAUCCAACAGCGCUUAUAGGAGCCCGUGCACUGAUCGGUUUCGGCUCAGGGGGAGGGUUCGUCGUCGCUCCCCUCUACGUCAAGGAAAUAAGUGAAGACAGCAUUAGAGGAAUGACGGGUACUUUCGUUAUAUUUUCACAGACAAUGGGUAACCUCCUAGUCUUCGUGCUGGGCGAUCUCCUACCUUUUAACACGGUGCUGUGGAUUCUCCUCGCGAUACCCUUAAUCCACUUCUGUAUACUGCUGAGGUUGCCUGAAACGCCUUCCUACUUGGUGAAAUGUGGAAGGAAUGAUGAUACAGCGAAAGUGCUAGGAUGGCUCCGAUCGCUCCCGCCUGAUGACAAGACCAUCAGCGAGGAAGUAGACCGAUUGAUUAUAGAGCAGACCACCAGUGAGCUCAAGUUUGCACCGAGACUUCUAUUUUCCGACAAAACCACAGUUAAAGCAUUCUGGGUGGCUCUCAUAGUGAACCUCACAAGAGAGUUCUGUGGCUGCAUAGCUGUCCUGGUCUACGCAAGCCACAUUUUCGCGGAAGCCGGGAAGGAUCCUAACACUAGCAUUGCGUUGUCGCCAAACAAGCAAUCAAUUCUGCUCGCUGCAGUCCAGAUCUUUGGAUCCUUUUUGGCUUGUCAACUUGUCGACCGUGUUGGGAGAAAGCCGCUGCUGGCGGUGACGAGCGCGGUAGCGGGGUGCGCGAUGUGCGUGCUGGGCGCGUGGUUCUACCUGCAGAGCGUGGGGGGCGCAGGGGGUGCGGGGGGCGCGCGGCUGCCGGGCUGGCUGCCGGUGACGGCGCUGUGCGCGUGCAUCUUCGCGGACGCGUCCGGCCUCCAGCCUUUGCCCUUCGUCAUCAUGACCGAGAUGUUUAACUUCCAGCUCCGAGGGACAGUGGCUACCCUCAUUAUGGCUAUAUCCCUCGGAACAGACUUCGCUCUGCUAAAACUCUUCGCACCUUUAAACUCUUGGAUAGGAUAUCACUAUACCUUCUGGUUAUUCAGCUUCAUCUGCAUUGCGAACGUGUUCUACCUCAUCUUCUGCGUUCCAGAGACAAAAAUGAGAAGCUUGGAAGACAUUUACGCAGAUCUAGAAGGAAGGAAGAGAAAAAAUCCAGAGAAGGUAGUUGAAACAAAUCACGUAUGA